AUAAAAAUAUCAUUACAAUUGUGAAUUGACAAUAAAAGUUAAUUAUAAAAAAUCGUAAUGAUAAAAUUAAAAUUAUGUAUUUUUAUAUUAUUAAUAGUAAUGUCACAUAUGUACAUUGGAAAUUCAUUACCAACUGAAUUGGUAUCAAAAUCAAUCAAUUAUAAAAAUCAAUGUAGCAAAAGUGUUGUGAUGGAAAAGUGUCAAGAUAAAAGAAGCAAACGAAGUACCGAUCAAAUAUCAGAUUCAAGACGAAUUGGAGGAAUCGUGACUGGGAUAGUUGUGCCAAUUAUUGAUAUAAUAAGAAAUGUUUUACAAACUAGUAAUUUAUAUGCUACAGAUGAGUAUACAGUGGAGCCGAUGGUACGCAACAAAAAUCCAUUCCGCAGAACAAGAAAUUAUUGAAUCUUUAGUAGAAAAAAUUCUGAAAAGUCUUGAGAAAAACUUUUAACGGUUAAUGUGUAAUAAAUUAAAAGAAAGGGGUAAAAACAAUUCAUUUUAUAUACGUGCUUAUUAUUAUCCGAAAAAAAGUUACAAAUCAAAAGGCAAAAAAUAUUAUCUAUUUGUUUAAAUAUUAUUAUUCUAUACUAUUUAUAUUUGUUACUAUAAUCACUAAUUAAUAUAUUAAUUAAGAAAAUCAUUUAUAAUUUAAUAUAAUAAUUAAUAUUAAUAAAAAAUAAUCUGUUGUCAGUGGUAAUUUUCUUUUAUAUAAAUUCGAAAAAUAUUUAUUAAUAAAAAUUUAUUUUUGUUCGUUCAAUUAUUUUUUUUUUCUUUUUUAAAUUUUUUCAUUACACUUGACUUUUCUUCUAAUGACUAUUUCAUAACAUAACAACGCUAAAAUCAUGAGAAUUUGGUUUUUUUAAUUUAAAAAAAGCUGUAUAUUUAUAAAAAAUAGACGAGUUUUAAAAGUCGAAAAUUACAAUUGAUAGAAUCAUGCAAAUUUAUUUAAAAAAAAAA